UUCUCAUUAACCCCCCCUUGUUCCGUCACCUUCCUUGCCGUGUCUCUCUGUGCACAACCCAAUACUCGAAGCUAUUAUCAUCAUCCACAAUCGCCCAACAUGGCUCCCAAUCACCGGACUUCCUCCACCGGCAGUUUCAUUGAGAACAUCAUGGCUGCCCGGAAACAGCUCGACAACAUGGCCCUGAGCACACCCGACUCCUCACUCGAUGGCUCCGACGGCUCCCCCGGCGGCUCUGCCGGCUCCUCCCCUCUUGGCAGCCCGGCUGGGGCUCUAUCACCCGUCACCCCCACGACCGCCGUCGACGCUCCCGUGGCCGACAGCUUCGCAUUUGCCUUUGAUAUCGACGGCGUCCUCAUCAGGGGCGGCCGUGCCAUCCCCGAAGCCAUCGAGGCCAUGAAGGUGCUCAACGGCGAGAACGAGUAUGGUAUUCAGAUUCCAUACAUAUUCCUCACCAACGGUGGUGGCAAGACGGAAGAGGAGAGGUGCGCCGAUCUGUCCAAGCAGAUGCAAAUCGACAUCUCUCCCGCACAGUUCAUCUGCGGCCACACCCCUAUGAGGGAAAUGGCCGAGCGCUUCAAUACCGUCCUCGUCGUCGGCGGCGAGGGCGAGAAGUGCCGUCAAGUGGCCGAGGGCUACGGAUUCAAGGAUGUCAUCACCCCUGGCGACAUCAUCAAGCACAACUCUGCCACGACUCCUUUCCGCAAGCUCACGCCGGAAGAGCUGAAAAACUCUCGCGAGCGUGACUUCUCCAACGUCACCAUCGAGGCCAUUUUCGUCUUUGCCGAUUCCCGUGACUGGGCUGGCGACAUCCAGAUCAUGCUCGACCUGGCCAUGUCCAAGGGUGGCAAGCUCGGUACCGUGAGCGAAACCCUGGACGAGGGCCCGCCAAUCUACUUCUCCCAUAACGACAUCGUCUGGUCCGCUGCUCACGACAACGUACGUCUCGGCAUGGGCGCGCUUCGCCGCAUGCUCGAAGUCAUCUUCAAAGACGUUACCAAGAAGAAGGGCAAGCUGCACACCCAUGCCUUCGGCAAGCCCCAGGUGAGCACUUUUGAGUUCGCGACAAGGCUGCUGCAGCAAUGGAGACGUCAGCAGCACGGUCUCGACGCGCCACCCGACACUGUCUACUUCGUCGGCGAUACGCCCGAGAGCGACAUCCGUGGCACAAACCUCUACAAUGAGCAAGCCGAAAACGAGUGGCACAGCAUCCUCGUCAAGACUGGCGUCUACCAGGACGGCACCGAGCCUGCCUACAAGCCCAAGGCCACCGUCCCCACAGUCUUGGACGCUGUUCGCUACGGUAUCCAACGUGAGAUCCGAAAGCGUGUCGUUUCUUCCCUCCGGAAGGAUGUUCUUGGAGAAGCAGACUGCCUGCGCGCCAUGCAGGAGAGGGGCAGUGCUGUUCUAACACCGCUUGAGGAGCGCAGCCAGCCGAUUCUAGGCUAAGCUUUGAACCAUGAAGGACUGCUGCAUUUAGAUAUCAGGAAACGAGCGAGUUUAUUGGGAUCCUGUUUUUUCUUCUUCCUUUCUUCAUUCUUGUUUUUUUCGCCUCCCAGGGCUUCAGAGGUUGAUUUGGAUUGGGCUUGGCUUGUUAUCAAAGGAGUUAAAUUGUGAUACCACAGGCGUUAACAACGAAGAUCACGACUAGAGUCAAAAGGUAAACUACAUAUUAUUGUCAGCACACCUUAAAUCGAUACACGGGCGC